AGUGCUGAUUGAGUCCAAUCAGGCUGCUGAGCUCCAGCUGUUGAUCCGGCAGCCUGCAGGGUUCUCAGUGAAUCAGAGAGCUUCUGAAUGAAACACAUCCAACAAUGAGCUUACAGCUGAAAACCAAAGCUGGACUGUUCGGCCUGCACUGCUCUGUGGGCCUGACGGACUGGGACAUGGACAAGGAGCUGAAGCUGGCCACUACCACCGACCAGUUCUACCACGAUGACAAACUGAACGAUCAAUACGUGGUCCAGAGGCCGUCUGCAAGAGCCUCAAGGAGAAAAGAUGAAUUCAUUUGGUACGAUAAAACGUCAGACACCUUCGUGAAGCCGAACCUGUGGCUGCUGGUGAAUCCCAGCAUCGCCUGCCCGAUCCGGUACGGAGGAAACGCAGCAGGUCUGCAGAGAGUCUGUGAACCUGCUGAGGGAAUCCAACCGGCUGCAGAGACCCAGAAACCUCUCACCACAGAGAUCCACAUGUCGGUCCUCCACGGUGCUGCUCUGCAGGAGGACCGGCUGCACUCCACUGACUACAUGAUCAACGAUGAAGACGUCUCUCGUCUUACAGCGAAGAACAGACGAAAGGGAAGAACCCCGAGGGCCCGAGACAGUAAGACCCUGAAGCCAGGAUGCUGGCCUCGUCCACCCGUGAACUACUGCAUCCUCAUCGCCUUGGCGCUCAAAAGCAGCCACACAGGGAGCCUCAAAGUCCAGCAGAUAUACAACUUCACCAGAGAGCACUUCCCCUUCUUCCAGACGGCUCCAGAUGGCUGGAAGAACACCAUCCGACACAACCUGUGCUUCAACAGCAGCUUCCGCAAGACCUGCAACCAGCUGUGCAGAGACGGCAAGAGGAAGUCGUGUUUCUGGCACCUGACGCUGGAAGGCCACCGCCGGCUGAAGGACGAGAUCCACACGCUGACGGGGGAAUCCUUCAAGCAGCUGGAGAGAAGCAUGUCCCGCCCAGAUGUAAUUCAGAGUUUAUUUGCCCUGUGAUUGCAGGUGUGAAAGGCAUCCAAGAGUUAAAAUCAAUGCGUAAUAAAACUUUAUAUGCAGAAGGUUUUUUUCUGUUAUGCUGUGCAUUCUUUAUUAAUUUCACAUUUUGUUCUUGUAAAUGUUUGGAGAGCGUUUUGAUUUACUCACUACAAAAAC